CACGCUCGAACACGAAGUCCAGGAUUGGGUGUGAAGGUGUGAUAGAAAAAUAGGGAGGGAAACCGGGAUUUCUCACUCGAAUUGAUUGUAACUGUCAUUCGUUAAAAGACAGCGUAUGUGAUGUGUCAAAAGCAAAGAAGUAUAUACCGAAGAAAAGAUAACGAAUAUAAAAUGGCUGAUAAAGUGACAAUAAUGAAGACACUCCUCGUAUUUUUCUCUUGUAUAUUCUGGGCAACAGGUAUGCUAAUAGUGGGUGCGAGCAUAUUGAUACGUUUUAAAUUUGAAGAUUAUUAUAUUAACAAUCCAGUAGGAGGUCGAACAAUGAUAUUAGCACUUGCUAUACUUGGUAUAGUUUGGAUGCUAUCUGCACAAUUUGGAUGCUGUUCUACGAUUCUAAAGCAUUCUGGUUUGAUCUAUCUGUAUGGAGCAUUUUUAACGACCAUAUUGUUAUUGGAACUUGGUGCAAUUACAUUGAUUUAUAUUUGUAUUCAGACGAUAAACGAAAGAUUGAUUAGCAUGUCAGCGUCUGAUCCUAAUAAAAUAUACACCGAGAGUUGUUGCCAAAUUAUAUUUAGAAUCGUCAAGAGUAAUGUCGAAUUAACGGAUAGUAUUAUUAUUGGACUAUUAUUAUUUCCAAUAAUUGGAGCAUGUUUAACAAGUUUUUUAGUCGAUAUGAUUAAUAUUGCAGAAAUUGAACGCCGAAGGACCGAUCGCGUAUAGGAUAGACAUUUCAUAGAUUAUCAAUAAAAUAAUCAUGUAAGUAAUAUUAUUCAUUUGUUAAAUAUGAUCGCUUUAAUUGUAUUAUUGUAAAAAUUAAUCAUAAUAUUGAAUAAAUCCAAUGUACAUCGAUAAUUCUAGACAAUUGAUAUUAUUAAUAAUUCUAAUCAAUAUCCAUAAAAUUAUAAUAAUUAUUGAUAUUACUAAUUGAUAUAUUAAAUUGAGGAGAAAGUUUCUUCGUAUUUUAAUGCAAAAGUAAAUCAAAUUUUUGAUAUAAUUAUAACCUUUCUAAAAAUACUCAGUAAUAUGUCACCUUUUAAACGCAAGCCAUUAUUAACGUAUUGAUUGAUUAAAUACUACCAAAGUUGUACGAUAGUAAUAUCAAUGGCUGAAAGAAUACAAAGAAACUUUUUUUCUAAUUUAAGUCAAUAUAAAUAUCGAUUUAAGAAAUAAAAUGAAACAAAAAUUUCAACAAUAUUUAUAAAUUAUAACUUUACGUAACUGCGAUAGUUGGAUCUUUGUUGAUCUCUACUGUUAAUUUUAUUCUUGUCAAUAUUAUUGAAGUCAAUAUUAUUAAAGUAUAUAAUGUUAUCGCCACUAUGCGUUUAUUGUAUUGGAAUAUAAGCUUGUAUUGGUUAUUUUCGUUUCACGCACAUUUAAUAAUCUGUUUCAUUUGUGGUAAAGUAAAUAGUGUUAGUAGACUGUGAAAUCGUUCUUUUCAGUCUCUCAUAUGUGUAUCUCUCUUUGAUGGUAACAUGUAUCUCCGUGCUAGAUACGAAGUCAGUACGAAUUUGUUUCACAAUAAAUGUAUAGAAAUUAAUAAAUAUAAUUGACACGUAUAAGAAUUAAUAUAUAAAUCUUCGACAAAAAUAAGAAUAUGUCGAAUAUUUUUUUGUAAAUAAUUAGUGAAUACUUAUAUAUUAUAUUAUUUUAAUACAAAUUAAAACGAAUUCAUUUCCACACUAUCCAUGAAAUAAAACUCCUACCGCUAUUUUUUUUUAUGUGGUUUCCCCUGUAAGACUAGUCCACUCUAAUCUACAUCGAUUAUUACUAC